ACCUAUAUUUUGAAAAUAUCUCUAAAGAACUCUUCACUGUUUCGAGUUAAGCAUGGAGAUAGCACCAAUCGCAUUUCUACUGUUCUUCUUGUUCUCAUAUCUUUCUGCGGGCCAUAAGUUGCCGCAGUCCUCCAUUGAUACAGCUGGCUUGAUUUCAGAUCAACGUGGCGAUAAUAGUCCCUUGUCAAACUCUGGAGGUGGCUCGUGCGGCAUUAAGAUGGAUGGAAAGUCUAGGAUGAAGGCCUCCUGUAUUGCCCAGAAGGCGGCCAAGGAAGCCAAGGAGGCCUCCGAUGCUCAGUUGGAGGCUGGUGAGGCAGCAGCCCGCCAGGUGAAGCAGCAACUGGCCGACAAGGCGCAGGCAGCCGCCAAGGCGGCAGAAGCUGCUCUGGCCGGCAAGCAACAAAUUGUAGAGCAACUGGAGUCCGAGGUGCGUGAGGGGGAGCUGGUGGUCCAGGAGGAGAGCGCCUUGUUGCAGACCACCCAAGCCACUUUUGCUGCGGCCGGGCAAGCAGCCAAACAGGCGGCAGAUCAGCUGAACACCAUCACGCAGGCAGUGAAAAACGCGCAGGAAAAUGUUAUCAACUCGGAGCAAGUGGCCAGUGGAGCUCAGCAGGAGUUGAGCGAGAAGCAGCAGCUCGUGGUUGCGGCCAAGAAGCGGGUGGAGCUGUUACUGCGCCAGCUGGAGGUGGCCCGUGCGGAUUUCAAGAACACCAAAGGUGCCGCCGAGAGGGCAGCCUGUGCUGCCCAGGAGGCCAGACAAAGAGCCACCAGGGAGCGCAGGAAGGCGGAACUGAGGCACUUGCUGCGACUGAAGAGGGGACACACCCACUGAGCUCAUAGCUUGUAUGUCUUAUAUUUCAUGUUUAUGUUGUGCUUUGAUAAAGGAGACGUGAAACCGUUUUA